AUGACUUCAGCGCUUGUUGGUAUACGGCUAGGUGCGAGCAACAUUGUUGUCGCAUAUUUCAAAGAUGGACGAAGUGAAACAAUUGUCAAUGAAUUAGGUGAUCGUGUAACUCCGACGUUUAUUACAUUCGGUGAAGGAAAUGAUAUCUCCAUAGGGCUUCCGGCAAAACAAGGUUUUGUUCGUAACCAACAAAACACUAUCGUUUGGUCACCGCAUUUUCUACUGAAACACGACGGUGCUGAUGCAUUCAACAAGUAUUAUAAACAAAGAUCGCCGGUUGCUAUAAUGGAAAAAGACGAUCGGAUAGAAUUCUCUGUGAUGAUCGAUGGCAAAGCGAAAUCGAUUCCUCUCGAAACUGUUCUAAUCCAUUUACUGACUUAUGUUCGACAACUUGUUCUAUCUGUGACUGGUGCACGUGAAAUUCAAGCUGUACUCUCAGUAUCUUACAAAAUGAUCGAAACCGGUAAACAAGAUCUAAUUCGAGCUUGUAUGAAGAAAAGUGGCAUUGAACUUCAUUCCAUUGUUCCGGAUGCAUGUUCAGCUUGUUUAGCUUAUGAAUUAGAUAAAGAUGGUGGCCAUGCUGAAAGCAACGUAUUGGUUUAUCGACUCGGUGGUUCAACGUAUGAGUGUUCAAUUGUUCGAACAGUUGGCGGCUGCUUCAAAACGAUUGCGACUGCCAAUGGAGUUGAGAACAGUGGUGAUGCUUUUACAGACUUAGUUAUAGAUAUUAUAGCGGACGAAUUUCAAAAAAAAACGAAGAAUGAUCCAAGGACUGCACCGAGAUCGUUAUUGAAACUUCGUGCUUGUGCGGAACAAGCUAAGCAUAUCUUAUCAACUACAGCUAGCACUCAAUGUUCGAUCGACGCGCUACAUGAUGGUAUCGAUUUAGAUUCCAAUGUUAGCAGACUUCGUUUUGAAGGUGCAGCAAAUACUCUAAUCAAUGAAUGUUUAAAAUCUGUUGAUAAUAUUCUUAACAAAGCACAAUUGCAGGCAGAUGAUAUCAAAUUGAUCGUACUGUGUGGUGGUGGUACCAAAGUACCUAAGCUACGUGAUGCUAUACAGAGUAAAUUACCGAAUGCUGAUAUGCUUUCAUCAAUCAAUGGUGAUGAAGUUAUUGCGCUCGGUGCAGCCAGACAAUGUUAUAUUGAAAGCAAAUAUGCUAAAGUUCAACUAUCGACAGAUGCUCAGCAGUACGAACGUGUUGGUGUUCGUUAUUUUCGUUCACAUAUGAUCGCGACAGAUGACGCAAAAGGUGAAAUCAGUGACAGUGAUGCGGAGGAUGACAAUAACGAUGAUGAAAAAGAAAAUGAUCAGUUAGAUCUCGAUUGGGACAAACAUGAAUCCUAUUUACGAAAACUCAAUCUCACUGAAUGGAAAGAUCAAGAUCAUUACAAAGUCUUAGGUCUCGGAAAGUUACGUUACAAAGCAACACACAAACAAGUUCGUAACGCACAUAAACAAAUGAUUUUACGCUACCAUCCGGACAAAUCUAAGCGAAUUGAAAGUGAACGAUUCUCUCUGAUCACUCAUGCUUUUGAACUUCUAUCAAAUCCAGCACUACGACGAUCUUACGAUAGUGUUGAUCCAAAAUUUGAUGAUGCGAUACCAAAUCCAACGACAGCGGAUGGUUUCUAUCAGACCUUUGGGCCUGUAUUCGAGCGCAAUGCACGUUGGUCCGUACAUCAACAUGUACCUUUGCUAGGAAAUGACGAAACAUCGUUUGAACAAGUGAACAAAUUCUAUCGAUUCUGGUACGAUUUCGAAUCAUGGCGUGAAUAUUCUUAUUUAGACGAGGAAGAUAAAUCUCAAGGUCAGGAUCGUGAUGAACGGCGUUACAUUGAAAAAAUGAAUCGUGCAGAGAGACAAAAACGAAAGAAAACAGAAAUGACACGCAUCCGUAAUUUGGUCGAUCGUGCUUAUGCACUCGAUCCACGAAUAAAACGUCAGAAGAAAGAAGAACAACAACGAAAAGACGAUGAGAAGCAACGUCGCAAGCAAGAAAUUGAUAAACGACGACAAGACCAAAAGCAAAAAGAACUGGACGAAGCAAAACGUAUUGCAGAUGAAAAACAGCGAGUGGAAGAAGAAGCGAAACGAAAACAAGACGAAGCUAAACGGGAAAAAGAAGCACAGAAGAAGUUAAUGAAAAAAGAAAAAAAACAACUGCGUGACUUGUGCAAAGAAGCGAAUUAUUUCAACGAAUCAGGUUCACCGCCCAAUUUAAAACAAGUCGAACAGAUCGAAACUUUGGUUGAGUACUUACCGUACGACGAUUUGAAAGCGUUGAACGAGAAAUUACAAGAAGAAAAUGCAGACAAACGUGCAAUUGUUCUUGUCGAAGUUAAGAGAAUGGAUGAACAAAUGCAACAAUCCCGUCUAGAAUUGUCUCAACCAUCCUCAUCAUCCUCAACAGCGUCAUCUUCAAACUCAUCAUCAGCGAUCAAAUGGACGCCCGAGGAAAUUGAAAUUCUUGUCAAAGCGCUUCGUGUCUACCCCGCUGGUGUCCAAAAUCGAUGGUUAGUUGUUCAAGAGUAUCUCAAACGUUGCGGCGGCAACCCCAGCCGUACUGUACAAGAUAUUAUGCAAAAAGCUAAAGAUAUUGCCAGUGGAAAGAAAGAAGUCGAAGAAACAACAGCGUCGUUAGAUCACAUUGCGUUGAAUUCACAUAAACAAUCAACUAUGCUGGAAAAUCAAGUUAAAUUAAGUCAGCUCACUGUCACUGAACGCGACCCGGACACGACAGUUGCAUGGACAGUCGAUGAACAGCGCAUUUUUGAACAAGCAUUACGAACAUACCCAGCAGCAUUAGGAUCCUCGCGAUGGGAUCAAAUAUCAGAAUGUUUACCAAGUAGAACGAAAAAGGAAUGCUUAGAACGCUACAAAGAAUUAGCUAAAAUGGUUCAAGCUAAGAAAGCAGUCAACAAAUAA